UAACAUCAAGAUGGCAAGUCCUAAUCCUGAAAUCGAUUUAUCUUCAAUGUUCAUAAGCAAAGUCAAUAAUUCAAAAAGUCCUACUCGUUCCGAACCCACUUCAAGACGCAAUUCUACCGUGAAAUCAAAUUUACCAGCGGAAAUUAUAACCGUUAAAGAUUUUUUUGAUUUCAUGAAAACUGCUUAUCAAGUUUACGAGUAUUUAGAAGGGGACGAAGAUGACGGCUCGAAAAUAGAUUGGGAGGAAUUAACUAAAUUAACUGUAUUAAAUCAUGUAAUAGAGCAACAAGAAAGAGAUCUAUUGCUCCAGACAGCUUUUUCGGAACAAAAACCAAUUACAAGUAAAAGUGAAACGGCUCUUGAGAGAAAAAAAAGCGAAUUUGAACGGUUAGAGAAGAGAUUUAGCUGUAGUGAAAUUGAAGGCAAAUCUAGACGGCGAUCAAUACCUCAGGAAGCAAGAGUAGAGAUGCUUGGUGUCUGGACUGAAGCAAACUUGAAUUGUAAAUUAAAUGACGUAAUAAACGAAGGAAUUUUGGAUUCUAUACUUCCAUAUUUAGUUGGUUAUAAAAAGCCUUCAAAGACGACCAGUGUUUAUGUGCCGGUUAUUAAAAAAACACAGUCUAAUCCUACUACGGAUGUGAAAAAACCAGCCAGUUUUGGAGGGUUUAUAAAUGAAAAAGACUCAAGAGAUCGUCUCGGAAGACGUAAAUCAUCUGUAAUUGCAGCUCAAGACCGCGCGAAUCAUAAACAAGAUGGCGAUGUUGAAAUCCACGUCUGCGAUGAAGUCAAAGGCCUCAAGAAAGAUUUUCGAUGCCCACAAAAAUUAUUGGUUUCCAAAAUGGGUUACUUUGCUGACGUGACCGCGGGUCAGAGACUUGAAGAUAUGGAUAUAUCUGUUCACUGCGAUAUACAAAUCUUCGAUUGGUUGAUGCGUUGGAUGAAGAAGGAUUCUAUUUUAGUUGCGGAUUGGCCCUUGUUGGAUCCCCACAAUGUGGUCCCUAUACUGGUCUCGGCGUCUUUCUUACAGAUGGAGCCAUUGUUGCACGAUUGUUUGAUCUACUGUCAUGCCCACAUGAAUGACAUUGUCAAGACCACCACGAAUCUGGCGUGUUUGAGCGACGCUUUACUGACAAGAUUAGCGGCAAUGUAUACAAAUGCGGAAUUGGAAGCGAUCAAGGAUCGCAAAGACAAGAUCCAGUCGAGGCUGUACUGCAAGAUGAUAAUGUCGUUAGCAGAACCGGUACCGGAAACGCUACGAGGGCAUUAUUCCACUCUGGCAACACUGUUUAAGUGCACCAAGUGCAACAAGUUGCUGGGACGGCACAUAGCCGAGCUGGUACCGUGCCAGCCGGCGAGUAUGCGCAUCGACAGGAGAGGGAACGUUGUAGCCGCCCAUACCAAAGACGCAAAUUGGAGCCUGAACGAGUACAUAUCCUGGCUGUACGGCGAGCUGAGGUCCUGGAGACGAGUGUACUGGCGGCUGUGGGCCGACUGUCAUUUCCUACUGUGUCAACUUUGUGACAACUAUUUCCCCGCCUACCAGAUGGAGUGGUGCUCCCACCACGAACAGCCUCCCCACAUGUUCUCGUUGGAAGGCCGCCCUCCCCUCCCCGCCGGCCGCUACCCCUGCUGCGGGGAGAGGGCCUACCGCUUCGAGACCAUUACCAGGAACACGGGUUGCCAGUUCCGGGAGCAUGUCCCAGAUGAGCGCAUGGCUUCGGAUGCGGCCGUGAUGGAGCUUUACAACCAAUUUAGGGACAUAAUAGCUAUGAAACCGCCUCAGCUAAUGUUCCCAGAGCGACUGACAAGACUCGUUGGAAGAGAGUCCGGAGAUGAUAACUCUGGUCGUCUUCAAUGCAAGGAAGUAUUUUGGUGGGAGGGAAUACAGCUGGUAACACCGCGCCCUCCUCUCGGCUUACUCGGAAAACUCUACACUAGCAACACCAAGUUCAACGCGCAUAUGCGGCCGGCGUCGCCCGUAGUGUCGGGUGCGUCCCCCGCCCCCGCCCCGCGACCUCCCAAGCCCCCCAAGGACCCCCGACCCGAAGUCAAGGAGAAAGGCGCCCCAGGAGGAGGAGGCUCAGGAGACGAUGGUGAAGAAGACAGUUCAUCAUCAUCGAGCGAUAGUGAACAGAGUUCCGCCAGCGGCCGCAGUGAUGAGGACAGCGCUACUAGAAAGACCGGCAGGGUCGUGAGGGUCCAGCAUCCGCAUCCCGUUGUUAAGCGCGCUCGCGUGGUCGGCCGGCAAUGGAUGUCGUGCGCCUCGGCCCGCAGCAACCAGGACGGGCAAAGACGUUUCGAAGAACGGGCAGCGAGACAGAUGAGGGCAGCGCUCGCCAGGAGACAGCCCCUUACCAAUAAUAAAGCAAAACCACCUCCAGGCGGCGUGUACGCACGUCUAGAGGCGGAAUGGCGCGAAAAACACGGUCAACGACCCCGCAAUGCGGCGCCGGCACGACCGCGGCACGUAACCAACAGCAAAUAUAAGCCCGCCGCAUGAAAAUAAUGUUGUUUAAUCAA